AUGGAGGCCUGGCCAACACUGGCCUGGGUCCUGCUAAUGACCAACAUUGCUAAUUGGCAGAGAACUGUCCAGUCCCGGGACUUCUCCUUGACAGAUAUCAUCCUGCUGCAUCCCUCAACUACGCCUCAUCCCGGUGGCUUCAAGUGCUUCACGUGUCAGGAUGCUGCAGAUAACUAUGAGUGUAAUCGCUGGGCGCCAGAUGUUUACUGUCCAAAAGAUGCCAGAUACUGUUACACACUCCACAUGAUGGACAGCCAUGGAGACAGUGUGUCUGUGACCAAGCGUUGUGUGACCCUGGACGACUGUCUGUUUACUGGCUGUGCUGAUGUGUCUGGUAAUGGCUAUCAGGUGUGCUCAUCCUGCUGCGAGGGGAACAUCUGUAACGUGUUGGUGCCGAGAAAUGAGAGCAGCGCCAUUUUCUCCUCGACUUCUCCUCUGGUCAGCUCGAGCAGAAGUCUUCUUCCUGUGACGCUGAGCUACGUCAUCCUCAUCAUCAUCAUCAUCAUCUUCACAGCUGUACAUGUUUGAGAGGGAAUCUCUGCACAAGUGUCACAUCAUUUAAAAAACAGAAGAACUUUUUGGGUAACUGAAAAAUGAGCUAACGGUGAAGAACAAUGCUAAAUGCAUUUCCUAAUGUCAUUGUGUUAGCCGGUACAUGCAGCAUCAGACCUGAGACUGUUUAUUGUGUGCUGCGCAGAUUGAUUAGAUCAGCUUUAUAAUGAUAUUUCACUAAAUGUCUAGAGAGUUUAGUCACAGAGGAAUGUUAACUUGAAGUUUGAACAAAAACAAAAAGUGAAAACCUGUGUCCAAACCUGUCACUGCGGUACCAUAUUCCAUUUACUUCUUCCUGUCAGACAAUAUUUACAUUUUGUUAAAGAUUUUCUGCUAAUUUAUUUAUAAGUGUCAGUAUUAAUGUGAGGCUGUUGUUCUUUAACACUGUCAGUGUGUGUUUUUGGAGGUUUCGUAAAUAUUAUAUUGCUUGUGAAAUCAGUUAUCACUGUUUGUUGUUUUUAAUAAAGGUAUGAACAAAA